AUGAAAUUCUUCAACAUUUUUGUUCUUCUUUCAUUGGUUGCAUUCUCCCAAGGAACCGUCUACUGGAUGAAGUAUAUGGAUUUGGUUCAAGUUCAGGCAAACUUGAUCCUCUUUGUCCAUUCACAUUACGAUACUGCUCUUCUCCGCGAGCUUCUUAGCUCUGGAAAUAAUAUUGACCGCUACCUAGCUAGACACCCAAAGAAAGUCAUGUUUGCUCAAGUCCAAUCAGCCCAAGGAUUGAUGGGUAAAGUCAUCACUGGAAUUGUCCUUGUCCACGAUGAAGGUAAAUCUUACCAUGCCAAAUUGCAUAUGAUCCCGAGUGUCAGCAGCCCGACAGGAUAUAAGAUCGACAAGGCCAUCGUGUGCAAAGAUGAGGAAUGCCAAGAGGAAUAUGAAGAUUGA